AAAAUCAGAACGAUAGUCGUAUCCUGACAGAUAACUUUUUAUCAUAGGUACAACUUUUCCAUUACAAGCUUCAGUAUGCAUUUAUAUUCGAAUGAAUAGUGACGGGAAGGAAUAAGACGUGAGGUUUUAAAUAAAUUCCGUUUUUACUAAAAAGUGUUCCAGCAAUGUCUUAAAAAUACUUUAACAAAUAUGGAACAUGGCAGGUUUAUUCAAUACAUGACAGCAUUCGCACUGUCAUUGUCUACCGCCACAUUGGGUGUGUCCUCAGCAUGGCCAACUCCCGUCAUACCAAAGUUUCAUAGAAAUGAAACUAAUGUACAAAUAACUGACAAUGAAAUAGCCACAAUGUUGGCGAUGUCAGCCCCCGGUUUUGUGGCUGGCAGCUUACUCACCAGAUUUGUGGCGGACAGCUUCGGAACUCAAACCACUGUUUUAGCGAGCGCAUUACCAAUCGCUACUGGCACGGUAAUUGCAGUGUUGGCAACGCAGGCUUGGUUGUUGUUCAUCAUGAAAUUCUUGUGGGGCUUUGGAACUGGGAUGGUUUCCACGGUGGUGACGAUGUAUUUAGCUGAAAUAGCCGACAAAGAUAUUCGUGGUACCUUAGCAGUUGGAACAAGGUUCAUGUUUAACCUCGGCAGUCUUCUUGUCAUUUCUAUAGGACCUUUCCUAUCAUUUAGCACAUUAAAUUACUGCAUACUAGGAUUGCCUGUAAUAUUUUUUACAGCUUGUCUAUGGAUACCUGAAUCUCCAUAUUAUUAUUUGAAGAAAGGCAAAGUGGAACAAGCGAGGCGAGUUCUCAUAAGAUUAAAAGGGGAAGAGAACGCAGAGAUCGAAUUAGAGUCUUUAAAGGCAGAUGUGAAUAAGGAAAUGCGACAUUCUGGGACGGUUUGCGAAUUAUUUACUGGGAGACAAUAUAGACGUCCGCUCGUAAUAGCAUUGGGUUUGAAGGUAACCCAGAUAAUGACGGGUACACUUACUAUACAGCAGUAUUUAGGGCGUAUUAUGCAAGAUGCAAACAUCAAUAUGAAAUUAUCAACUAUACUGGUUAUUUUUGGUAUAGUCAAGUUUGUUGUUGGUAUAAUGUCUUCCAUUUUGGUAGACAGAGUUGGACGGAGACCGCUUUUGAUAUAUUCAUAUUUCGCUUUCGGCCUCUGUGUGGCAACAGCUGGUUCAUACUUUUUUUUAUUGGAUGUCGUUUCUUUAAACCCAUCAGUUCUCAGACCAUACGGUAUUGUACCGUUUGUGGCUAUAAUUCUUUGUAGUGUAGUGUCCACUUUAGGUUUCAAUUCGAUUAUAAGCAUCAUAUCAGCGGAAGUUUUCCCCUUAAACGUCAAACCAGUAGCCAUGACAACGCUUAAUGUUUUCGGAGGUUUCGCCGGAUUCUCCGUGGCUAAAACGUAUCAGGCCGUGAAGAAUAUAUCCGGUUUGUGCGGUGCGUUCUGGAUGUUCUCUUUGAUAGCGUUUUCUGGUGCUGUAUUUUCAUAUUUCGUCGUACCAGAAACGAGAGGGAAGAGUCUGCGUGAGAUUCAAGAAAUCUUUCAAAUUAAUGAUAACAUUGAAACCAAGAUCGAAGAGACGCUUUUAUCAAAACAAAAUGGCGGCACAGAGCUCAACGUACUGAAUAAAGAGUACAGCUUGUAGGAAUGUUAAUAAAUAAGGCUUUAGACUUUAAAAUUUAAGACUGAAACCUUUUAUACAUGUUCUUUAAUUUGUAAGUACGAUAACAGACUUGUCCGUUAAGUUUAAAAAACGUCUGAAGGUAUAUUCAGAAAACUCGAAGAAAGGGAAUUCUAGGCUUAUGAAACAUAAAUGUCCCAUAAAUAUAUAUAUAUAACUUAAGCUUGAAAGUGUACUUAUAUAUUUAAUAAAAAUUGCAGGCAAUCGGCUAUUGCUACUGUGUGAGAGAGUCCACAAUUACCUAAUAUCAUUAUGAUCUUUAAAAUGUUGUCAUAAUUCAUAUAUUUUUCACAUAAAGCAACUUUUUUUUCAAAAUUAUUGAUUUUUUGUUAUUUUUAUUGGUAUUUUAAUUUUUGUUUUAUCUGUGCAUUAGAAUAGCAAUAUUUGAUUAGUCACUUUGUUUGUAUGAGAUGUAUUCAUUUGGUAUUAGUCUCUUUUGCAACUUCAAAUUAAAUGUUGAAUCUUUUAAAGUUUUUAAUUAAUACUUACGUUGAUGCGAUUAUGUAGCAAGAUUUAUGAAUAUUCUUGAGUUGGUAUAUAACUUAGUGAUGCAAACUAGUAUUUAAGGAGUACUAAAUAGGGUUGAAAAUCCAAGUACCGAGAGUCACUCAAAUGUUUUAAGCCUUUGCUUCAUUCAAGUUUCCGUGCUCGAAUGUGCAAAGUUCUAUUAUAUGUGUACAAAAUGUACAAGGUGUAGCAUUUAUAAAAAUAAGUUACUCUCAGUGCACGAAUGUCACAUAUUUUUCCGUGUGUUUCCAUGUGUAAUGAGACGUUUAAGCUUUUUCUAUGGAAACAGUUUUAAUGUAGAGGCUAUAUUUCAUAUAUUUUUUUAAUUAAUGAAAAACAUUUUACAAAGUUUAUAAUUUCUAAUAAAAAAUUAUAAAUAUCGC